CUCGAUUGCAGUGUUGGAGCAGUCGAGGAAUCUUCUUUUUGGGUGCAGUGCAUUAGAACGCUGCUUUAGUGCUUGAGGAUUUAUUAAAACUCCAAUAUUUAUUUUACAAUUUAAAAAGAAAAUGUUUUAAAUAUUUUAGUGAAAACUUAUAGAGAAAUGGUGUGUAUGUUACUGUAUCUUGCAGGACAGAAAGUGUGGGUGUACCAUGAAAAGUCUGUGAUAGAAGCCAAUUUUUUAUAGGAUUUAAAUGAGUUGAAGACACCCCUAAGUAGUGCAAUAAAUAAUGUUAUUGUUAAUUUGUUGUGAAAUUGAUGAAGUGAGUGACGCUGAACGUGCCUUGAGUGGACUUACAUCGAUUGAUCCUAUAGCCUUAUAACCAUAAUUCUUCCUUUUGCGAAUCCCCCCCAAGAAUGGUUCAGAAGAUUGACAUAUCCGCUAUUGGAGGUGAAAAUAUUCGGGAAACAUCAGGACAGUCAAUGUUAACAUCAUUCCGUCGCUCCCUAAAUGCACUGAGAUUUAGAUUAUCAAAAAGAGGUCGAUCUAAUACACAAGAUUGGUUUCUGGAUAAAUUCUCAAACAUCCCAAGUACCUCCAAGAAGAACAAUGGUGAACCAUCUGAACCAAAUCACAGUGAGAGCUUCUGCAAUCGGUUGUCAGUUGAUCCGUCCUUGCCUUCACACUACAGGUGGUUAGCUGUUGUGUCAGUUGCCGUUCUUUACAAUGUCAUUUUUGUGAUAGGACGUGCUGUCUUCUGGGAGUUGAAUAAGAAAUCUCCUGCUCUGUGGUGGAUUCUGGAUUAUACAUGUGACUUUAUCUACAUCAUCGAUACACUUGUUCACUGUCAUGAAGGUUACCUGGAGCAGGGGCUCUUGGUGCGAAACGCCGCAAAAUUGCGUCGGCACUAUUUCUCAACGAAAGGCUGGCGUCUGGAUUUACUCUCAAUUCUUCCUACCGAUAUUGCCUACUUGUGGUGGCCACCGAGCUCCUGCAAUGCUCGUGUUCCGUGUCCUGUUAUCGUCCGAAUCAAUAGACUCCUGCGUAUGCCAAGAAUGUGGGAAUGGUUCGAUAGGACAGAAACAGCCACCGGCUAUCCAAAUGUAUUUCGAAUAUGCAAAGUUGUUCUGGCCAUUCUUGUGCUUAUCCACUGGAAUGCGUGCCUCUACUUUGCAAUUAGCUACGCUCUGGGUUUUGGCACAGACAAUUGGGUGUACAACUUAAAUGGACCAAAGAACUCAACGCUGUCACGUCAGUACAUCUACAGUUUCUACUGGUCCACGCUCACCCUAACCACCAUCGGGGAGACUCCGACGCCGGAGAAUGAUGCUGAGUACCUCUUUGUCGUGGCAGACUUUCUGGCCGGUGUCCUUAUCUUCGCCACCAUUGUCGGAAAUAUUGGUUCUAUGAUAUCCAAUAUGAAUGUAGCGAGGGUCGAAUUCCAAAAUCGAAUGGAUGGCGUAAAACAAUAUAUGGCCUUCAGGAAGGUUGGCGGUGAACUAGAGGCUCGGGUGAUACGGUGGUUUGCCUACACAUGGGCCCAAAGUGGGGCACUAGACGAGGAGAGGGUACUGGCAGCACUGCCGGAUAAACUGAAGGCGGAAAUUGCCAUUCGAGUGCAUAUGGACACGUUGAAGCAAGUGAGAAUCUUUCAAGACUGCGAACCCGGAUUGCUCGAAGCGCUUGUUCUCAAAUUAAAGCUCCAGGUAUUCAGUCCGGGCGAUUACAUUUGUCGCAAAGGUGACGUUGGCAAGGAGAUGUACAUCGUGAAGAGAGGUCGCCUAUCGGUGGUGGGAGACGAUGGGGUGAUGGUGUUGGCGACUCUUGGUGCUGGAUCGGUAUUUGGGGAGGUGUCCGUUCUUGAAAUUGCUGGCAAUCGAACAGGAAAUCGUCGUACAGCAAAUGUUCGAUCAAUAGGCUAUUCGGAUUUGUUCUGCCUGGCGAAACGUGACUUGUGGGAGACACUGGCAGAUUAUCCUGAGGCAAGAGCUUCCUUAACUGAACGAGGUUGUCAACUUCUUAGAAAAGACGGAUUACUGGAUGAAGAAGUUUUUGCCAGUUCUCAGAGAGUUCAAGAUUCACUAGAGAGUGGUGUUGUAAAAUUGGAGAGUGCUGUUGAGAAUCUGAAUUUGCGUCUUGCUCGUCUUCUAGCAGAAUAUUCAGCAAGUCAGGCCAAAUUAAAGCAGAGAAUUGCUAAAUUGGAAUUGAGCAGCACAUUGCCAUGUGGAGAUGAACAAGGUAGGAUCCAAAGAUCGAGAAUACAUUCAUCCCUGCAACCAAGACGACGGAAAUCACGUGCUACGUCGGCUUCAUCGACCAACAAACAGAAUACACUGUGAAAAUUUUUCCACGUUUUCCCUCCGUUUCUCUGCUAUUUCUUUUGCAGUUUGUAUAAACAUAUAAGUUUCUUGUCCUUCUCUCGUAAAAUAGAUUUUAAAGUUAAUCUCUUUUGAAAUCCAUUGGAGAAUGAUGUUUUGUGCCUCGAGAAGAGAAGAAAAAGUCAUUUUUGGGUGAUUAUUUGAGAUUUUAUUAGGAAAAUUCUUAUCAGAUGGCGUCUAAGCUCAUUUCACACGAUCACCUUCAAUGUUCUUUUCGUGCAGCAUUUUGUCUAAGUGCCUGGGGGAAAGGGGUUUGAGAAGAUUGUCUCUCAAUUUUUUUUUUGAUAGGCAAAAGUACCACCUUGCAAAGUCAAUUAAUGUGAAUACUUUUCCAUUUUGUGGAAAAUCAUAAUACAAAAAUAAAAUGGUGGUUAUUGCUUCA